AUGUCGGUAUAUGAUAAUGUUGAAACUACUACUGAGUUAGAAGAAAUUGAAGGUGUAAAUGCUUCUGAUGAAAUUGUUUUGGAGCUUAGUGACGAGGCUCAAACUGUUGGAAAAAAUGUCAAGACUUUGUAUGAAUCUUCCACUUUACUGAAUCAAAAUCCUGAUAAUGUUGAUUUAUUGGCCUCUGUAGCUCCUAGGACUAUGAAAAAUGUUGGUGAAUCUGAAAAAACUGUCGAUGGUGUGGGUGUUACUAGUGAUGGUGAUGUUGGUGUUGUUACCUCCUCUGAGUCAUCUGAUAAUGAUUCAAAGCACAUUGCUUCUGAGGAAGCCUUUGAUUGUGGUUUCAAGAGUUACUCAGACAAAGAAGUCACAGACUCUGUUUGGGUCACUAGGGCUAGGCUCACACCAAAAGAAAACAACUAUUUUGGAGGAAGCAUUGAGAGCAUUCCUGUUCCAAUAUCUGUCGUCUCGACUGAGAGUGAAAGGAAGAGACGCGAUGAUACGGAGUUGUUUGGCAAUAUUCUGUGUACCUUGGAGCUAGGAGGUGGACUGCCCGAGGCUGGGGCUGUAAAUCAACCACUGCCUACAGAGGAGGAGAUGGUGGUGUUAGCGGAUGGAGUAGUGGUGGCAGAGGUAGUGGCGAUUGAAGAAGAAACGGGAAAAGGUAUUUUAGCCCCAGAGAUUUCUGAUGAGAUUACCAACGCAGAAGCCUACGAUGGACAGCCAAGAAGAGAAGAAGAAGAGAUUGCGAUGGAGGAGGCCAAGGAGUCUAAAGUUGCAUCGGAGGCCCCUAAUGUUGCGUUGGAGGAGGUUGCAAGGGAGGCGCAACCAGAAGUGGUUAAAGAUAAGAAGAAGAACAACAACAACAAGGGAAAGGAGGCUGAGGAGGCUGAAUCUUCCCAUCAUCACAAAGAAAGGAAGAAUAAAGAGAAAAUGGAUGAUGAUGAAGAGGAGGAGACCGGGAAGGAAAGAAAGAAAAAGGAGAAAGAAGAAAAGAGAAUGCGCCGGCGUGAAGAGAGGCACCUGAGAAAGGAAGAAGAAGCAAGGCAAAAGGUUGCGAGCCUGGAGAUAGAAGGAUAA